CGGCCAUCUGGCAACACGGUACGCUAUUCGUUUUUCGCUGCUGUGUGCGUGUUAUUUUGUUGUUUUUUCCUGGAACUGAACAGGACAUUGCACACAGUUGGAGCCCAUAAUUAAGGAAAAGACAGAGGGAUAAGUAACGAAAUCAAAGGGCAAACUGAACGCCAAAAAAAGAGAGAGACGCACACGAGAGAGCGCAUGCUGGGCGCCGCAGGAGAAGAAGAAGAAGCAGGAGCAGCAGCCGCAACAGCAGCAGCAGCCGCAGCAGCACCAGAAACAGCAGAAGAGUGAACGUGUGAGCGAGAGCGAGGAGGCAAAGUGGAGCAGGAGGAGACGACGACGACGACGACGAAGAAGACGAGGGUGAGGUGUGGUGUGGCGAGGUGAGGAAAGGAACAAGGGCCCAGGGGCAACGAAAACGAAAACAACAAAGAACAGUACCGAACGGCCAGGCGUCUGUAAAAGUCGCCGUUUUCUUUUAUUUUGAUUUUUUUGGCUUCGAAAAAUCUACCUCCAAAACAAGAGCAAAAGCUAGAGCACAAUAAUUAAAAUCGUGAAUUGAAAACACAAGAAACCAACAACAACAACAUCAACAAAAAAAAUAUAAAUAAUAACAAUCAACAACGAGCGCGAGCGCCAUCUAUUGACGGCCCGGCUACAAAUCCGCAGAGGUGGGGAGACCGCGAAGAGAGUAGAGCAGAAUAAGAGCCAGUUGGCGACUGUGUUGGUUAUCGUCUUGGUGUGCUUUUGCGGAGAAAAGAAACGGAAAGGAAACGAAAAAAAGGAAACAGACGCAGGAGCAACGAGAAGCAGCUGUUGUUGUUGGGGGGUAUCCCCCUUCGGAACAGAAAGCAAUUUUAUUCGGACCAAAAAAAAAAAUAAAUAAAUGAACAAUAUAUAGAAGAAAUCAAAUAAAAGAAGCAAGGAGGAGUAUAAAAAGGAAACAGAUAGAGUGACAAAUAUCCCGACCAGUUGCCUUUGCUGCCCGCCACAAGAUGGCGUGCCUUAACACCCUGAAGCAGGAGAUCAAAACCCUGGAGAAGAUCUUCCCCAAGAAUCACGAACGCUUUCAGAUCCUCAACUCAAGUGUCGACGAGCUCCUAUGUCGUUUCAUCGAUAAGAAUGGAAAACGCUACGACAUCCAUGCCAAUAUAACGGAAACUUAUCCUUCAUCGCCGCCAGUUUGGUUUGCCGAAAGUGAAGAGACGAGCGUCACAAAUGCCGUUCAAAUACUUAGCAAUACAAAUGGACGUGAUAAUCACGUUAUUAAUCAAGUGGGCAUAUUGCUGCGUGAGCUGUGCCGACUACACAACGUUCCACUGCCACCCGACAUCGAUAACCUGGCGCUGCCGCUGCAAACACCACCGCCAUCCGCAUCGCCACUUCGCUGCGAGCAGAGACACGGCGGCGGAGCGGGUGGUGCGGGCGGCGGUGGCAGUGGGCCGCAUGGUAAUGAGGAAACAGACUCGGACCAGGACGAGAUCGAAGAUCCAAUUGGAGAAAGUGAGCAGGAAAGCGAGGGUGACGAAGACUUGCCCCUCGAAAUGGACGAUGUACGAAGUACAAACAAGAAGGAUGAUAUGGAAGUUGAGCACUUAGCGACCCUGGAAAGACUGCGUCAAAGUCAAAGACAAGACUAUUUAAAAGGUUCCGUUUCUGGUUCCGUGCAGGCAACCGAUCGCUUAAUGAAAGAAUUGCGUGAUAUUUAUCGGUCGGACGCCUUUAAAAAGAACAUGUAUUCUAUUGAGCUCGUGAACGAGUCUAUAUACGAGUGGAAUAUACGCCUAAAGUCCGUCGAUCCAGAUAGUCCGCUUCAUAGUGAUCUGUUAAUGCUCAAGGAGAAGGAGGGCAAGGAUAGCAUACUGCUCAAUAUACUCUUCAAGGAGACGUAUCCGUUCGAGCCGCCCUUUGUCCGAGUCGUUCAUCCUAUUAUCUCAGGUGGCUAUGUGCUCAUCGGUGGAGCCAUCUGCAUGGAACUGCUGACCAAGCAAGGUUGGAGCUCUGCUUAUACCGUCGAAGCGGUGAUUAUGCAAAUUGCCGCCACUUUAGUGAAGGGAAAGGCGCGCAUUCAAUUUGGAGCCACCAAGGCACUGACCCAAGGUCAAUAUAGCUUGGCCAGAGCCCAGCAGAGCUUCAAAUCGUUGGUGCAGAUCCACGAAAAGAAUGGUUGGUUUACACCGCCCAAGGAGGACGGCUAAGACGGUCACGGGGGGGUUUAACCAGACGCACAUACUUCCCAGAAUAAAUUGCACCCUGGAAUCACUCGCCUCACACACCCCACCACACUCACGGACUUACAUACAUAUAUAUAUACACACA